AUGCUCAUUCUUGGCCUCGUAGUGCUCACAAAAGCGUCGGCUUUGCCUACAACCUCGCUCGGCUCCGACAUCACCAAAUCAAGUCUGGUCAAACGGGGUCCGCUCGUCACCAGCCAUUGCACUAUCAGCUGUUCGAUGCAGCAAGCUGCGCCGCUCUCAGUCGAUAUGACCAUCAACUGGCAUGGCGGUAUCGGCGUGUACGAUACCGCCAAUGUUGACGGUCUCGGAACUGUGAUAGCCAACUACAACACUCGUGAUCCGCUAGUGCACUCGUCUCACUGGCUCCUCCACUCGUCAACGUACGAUGUCGUUCUCGAUCUGUUCUAUCGUCUGUCGAAUUCGCAUGUCGAAGCUAGCUUUGAUCUGGGCGGUACUUCGACUUCCACGGGUGGCACGCACUUUGCGACAGCUUGCAGUCUGGCUUGCAGCAACAACAAAGAUGGCAGCAACAAAGUCCCCAUCGCGGUUUACGACCCAAAGACGAUUUGA